CAGUGCAGAACAGAGCUGUGGGAUAACAGAGGGCUUUCCAAUUGCUGUCUAAAGAAGAGAGCGGACAGAGUGCUUCAAAAGCGUCUAAAAGAAAAGGGGCUGAGAAGCGAGCAGCCCCUCCUCGCAAGAUCUGAGGCGAAGCGUCCUGUGUUUGCCAGACCCUGCAGGGUGAAGUCAUGAUUUUGGGGAGCAUUAACAGAGGCGCUAGCUUCCCCACCCUGCUGCGUCCUCCACCAGCCAUGGUACAGCGUCACCUGGAUAUUAAACCUUUCCUCUCCUUUCCUGUGGAACCUCAACCUGCCUUGGGUCUCUUCCCCAGAUUCAGCACGAUGGACCCCAUCCACAAGCCUGUGAUUAGCCCUAACUUUGGAGUACCACUAAUGAAGACAAAACGGCCAGUUAUUUCCUGCAAUGUGUGUCAAAUCCGCUUUAACUCAGAGAGUCAAGCUGAGGCACAUUAUAAAGGGAAUCGACAUGCUCGAAGAAUUAAAGGGAUUGAGAAUGCCAAAACCCGACAGAAAGAGGGAGGGCAAGACGGAGAAAGAAACACGCCUAUGAUCAGCCCUGUGCCCAGUGCCAGCGAGAGUGAUACAGACAGCAAAGAUCAACAAGGGAUGGAUAGCACAGACCUACUUCCUGCUGAGAGUCCAGAGACCAUGAUUACACAUGAAAACACCAUUGAAGCAGUACCUGAGUAUUCACAACCUCCAUCUGAGACAGCCAUUGGUGACACAAAAUCACUUUCUUCUGCUACUCCUGUAAACAGUGGAACAAGUUCAUCUACUGCAGAGAACGAUGAUGACAAAUCCAAGAAGUUAUUGUAUUGUGCCCUCUGCAAAGUAUCGGUAAACUCCUUGUCCCAACUGGAGGCCCAUAACAAAGGUACAAAGCACAAAACUAUCCUUGAAGCUCGAAGUGGUCUUGGUCCAAUAAAAGCUUAUCCACGACUUGGGGGAUUGACAAAUGGGUCAACUGGACCUCCAGACGCCAACACCCAGGAAAGAACGUUUCACUGUGAGAUCUGUAAUGUCAGAGUCACCUCUGAAGGGCAGCUCAAACAGCACAUCUCAAGCCGUAGACAUCGUGAUGGAGUAUCAGGGAAACCCAAUCCUCUACUGAGUAGGCACAAAAAACAACAAAGUCUACAGGAGCUUACGGCCAGUCUGGUGUUCUCUAAGGACUUUUCAAAAACGUUAUCUGCAGGUCUUCUUCCCAGUCCUCUGGCAGUUGCAAUGGCAGCCGCUGCUGUGUCCUCUCCAUUGAGCCUACGUCCAGGUGCCACUCCUCCCCUCCUACAAGCUCCCCCGUUGACACACCACUUACUGCGACCAGCUCCUGGACCUAUCAGAACUGCACAUGGGACUAUACUUUUCUCCCCUUAUUGAGGAGGAAUUGUCUACCUUCACAAUGUAAUACUAAUCCACUGGAAGUUGAGCCUGCACAAAGAACCAGGACAGGAUUUAACCAGCUGCCUCUUGCUCAGUAUCUUUCCUUCCCUCAGAAACACAUAGAAACUGGAACAUUCUUAAAACACAUGGACAUUGCUUUCAUAGGACACAAGCAGCAGAGGACCUCUGUGGAAUGUCUGAAGGUUAUUACCUACUGGGUUACUAACCAAGAACAGUGAAUGAGCCAUCCAUUAGAAAGAGACAGGUGGCACGGGGUCUAUUUUAGGGGAAUGAUGCUUGUAAUAAAUGGAUGUACAGCUGGGAAUAGCAAUAGUUUUGGCAUUUUUUGGUCUUUAGUGGACCAACUUAAAUGACUCAGUGGACUGUGACUGAGAGAAAACACUGGGUCCCAUGUAAACUGUUUCUGGAGUGUAAAAGAGUAUACCGAUGCUGCUGUGUUUAAUGAAGACUUUUCUUUUGCAAAAAGGAAGUAGAAAGUAAUUAAUGACGUCUGACCUUCCAUGCGCUCUUUUCACUGCCUAAUCUACUUGUAUGCUAAUUUUCAAUUUUUCCAGUUAGGUGUCUUUUUUCUAAUAACUUCAGGGAAAAGCAUAUGUUCUUGAUUUACAAAUACAAACUCACUUUAUGGUUUCACUAUGUUGAGAAAUUUUAGUGUUCUCUAACCACCGGAAAAGAAAAAAACAUCAUCUAUAUACUAUCAAUGUACAAUAGUAAAGAGAUUUUUCCUAUGCAGUUCCCACUUGGACCACAGGUUGUCUACACUGAAGAAAUUAGUCAUAGAUUUGUAUUUGUCUUACUUAGACUUUGUUGAUGGUGCAGUCUUUCCUCACCAGAGAUAGGUAACAUGUUCUUGUCCAGUUGCAUUGGAACUACUAGCAUAGCCUGUGAGCCACUUAUUGGCCAGGGAUGCUAGAACAUUACGUUCCCCACCAGCUGAAGAUCCACAUGUUGCUUAACUUGCAUUGAACUGUAUUUUUGUUCUUUAUUUCAUUGCGCCCCCUAGGGGGACAAGACAUAGCUAAAUCUAUUUCUAUAUAGAUAUAUUUUUGUUGUUUCUGCAUUGUUUAAGUAGGAAGGUCAAGUUACCUUCACAAAAAAAUUGUCUGGUGGGUUAAACUCAUUGUAAAUUGGAGCAACGUGCAAAUAUGGUACGUUGACCAACCAUAUCUACUGUACAUUCACACUUUGUUUUUCACAUAUUCAGAGUAUAUAAUUUUUCCAACAUAUACAUCUAACCUGUCCAUAUGGUAUGAUGUGCCUGAUAUGUCCUUUCUGCAUACCAUGGUGCGAUAUGAAUUGACAUACCUUUUUAACCAGGCACCAAGCAUUGCUGACUAUGCUUUUCAUUACAGCAAGAAAAUAGUUAUUUGGUGACUUAUGCAACUAUUUGACUUGCAGUUGCAUUAGUCCGUACCAUAGGUUGACAUAGAUGUCAGAAAAGCAUUUAGCAAUGUAUAUGCCGAACGUGUGUGAAUACAGCCUUAGUGUUUGGGCAAGAAACAAAUCAUACGGAUAAUACAGAAGGUGGAAUAGCACUUUCCGAUGAUUGGCAAUGCAUCGGACCAUUACUCACUCAUCUUAGCUUUGCUUAUACCCCUUACAGUAGAAGAAAAUCCUGCCUUAUGUUUUAGAUAGCAGAAUAGAGCAAGGAAGCUUGUGUGCCCAGUGCACAUGCUUCUAGAAUGAGGUACAUUAACCACUUUUGAAACUACUUGCACAAACUGUUUGUCGUCUACGAAAGAGGCUUGUGUACUUUGACAAUCGUUUUAUUUAUUUGAUAGAUAGAUUCUUCCUAAGGACUAUGCAAUUGUUUUUGUGCUACUGUACAUACGUAUGUAUUUUCCGUCUCCGUAACUUACCGUACAUUAAUGUAUUUGUACUCCAUCUCCCAGCUGCUUGUGCGAGUGAAUAGAAGCAGCAGGAAAAGUGGCAUUAGUCUUUAAGAAAAACCCUAAAGAACAUGUACAGUAUAAAAAGCAAGCACGCAAUUUUAAGCUGCUCAUAAAGCAAGUAGUAUUAGACUGACGUAGCAAUAAUACAGGGACUAGCGGAAGCCAUUGGAUGACCAUUGACCCACAGCCAUUAAGAAGCCAAAGAGCUCACAAUUUCAAAACCAUCACACAAACAUAGUAACCCAUGAAAUAUGUAUAUGAAUAAAGUAGCUGUCUUAAAAAUUGAAUUUAGUUUACUUGCGUUGAGCUCUUAGUUUUGAUUCACACUCAUGUCUCAUGGUUUGUAUGUACAUGUACUGUAUUUAUCCAUCCAACUUGCAUUUAAUCACUCACUGGAAUCUCUGUUUCAGAGGUUAUUCUACUGUCCUAUUAAAACAACGUAUCCGCUAUCCAUAGAAUAUGGGAUGUGUCUGUUUGGUAAAGGUCUC